AAGGGAAAAAACCCCAAGUCUAAAUAAAAUUGUUGUACUAGAGUUAUGCGUCAUCGGUCAUAUGAUCAAAAUCAUCUGACUUCUUAGAAUUGGAGAAGCUUUGUUCCAAAGUACUCGCAUUUUACAACUAGAAGAUCACCUGAAUAAACGUUACUAAAAGGCAGCAUGUUUGCAGUAGCAGUAUUCCUUGGUCUUGUGGCCGCGUCCUCGGCCAGGCCCCAGUUUGUAGAGAUGUUUAACAUGUCUCCAGCCGUGAGGUCCCAGGAGGAAACCAUGACCCAGGUGAGGAUGUUCCAGGACAAGAGUGCCAAGACGUCGUACUUCCCGUACCACGAAACCUGGGAACAGUUCAAGAUUACACAUGGCAAAUCGUACGAGAGUCCCGAGAUUGAACAAGGUCGUAAAGCCAUCUUCAUGGAGAAUGUUAAAAUGAUUGAACUGCAUAACAUCAAGUUCAACAACCGAGAAAAGAGCUACUUCUUGGACAUCAACCAGUUUGCUGAUAUGACCAAUGAUGAAUUCCGGGCAUUCAAUGGAUUUGUAAAAACAAUGGCACCAAAAGCACACCGAGCAUGUUCCAGUUUUCUAGGAUUUUCCGGGAUUGAACUACCAAGAACAGUUGACUGGAGAAAGCAUGGAUAUGUGACCCCGGUGAAGAACCAGAAACAAUGUGGAUCAUGUUGGUCAUUCAGUACGACUGGUUCAUUGGAAGGCCAGAAUUUCAAGAAAACUGGAAAACUGAUCUCUCUCAGUGAACAACAGCUUGUUGACUGUUCUGGUAGCUAUGGCAACGAGGGCUGUAACGGGGGUCUGAUGGACAAUGCUUUCAGUUACAUCAAAGCCAAUGGCAUUGAGACAGAGGCAGACUACCCAUACACGGCUAAGCAAAGCCGUUGUAAAUAUCAACACUCUGAAGUUGUUGCUAGUGACACCGGAUGCAUGGAUAUCAACAGCGAAUCUGAAAGUGACCUGAAAAAUGCAGUUGCUACCGUGGGGCCCGUUUCCGUGGCAAUCGAUGCUAGUCAUUCAUCAUUCCAGUUUUACAAAUCAGGUGUUUAUGAUGAGCCUGACUGCAGCAGUUCACAACUUGAUCAUGGCGUCCUUGUGGUCGGCUAUGGAACAAUGGAUCAGCAGGACUACUGGCUCGUGAAAAACAGUUGGGCCACUGUGUGGGGAGACGAAGGCUAUAUAUACAUGUCUCGCAACAAGGACAACCAGUGUGGAAUCGCAACCUCUGCCAGCUACCCCCUCGUCUAGAACGCAGCUCAUGUACGUUUAGUAGACUAUUUCUGUAACAUUGUAUAGUUACUGUUACUGUAUGUCUGGGACAGGAUCUAGAUCAGUUGUAGACUAUUUUCUGUAACAUUGUAUAGUUACUGUUACUGUAUGUCUGGGACAGGAUCUAGAUCAGUUGUAGACUAUUUCUGUAACAUUGUAUAGUUACUGUAUGUUUGGGACAGGACUAUUUCUGUAAAACUGUAUAGUUACUGUUACUGUAUGUCUGGGACAGGA